AAGAAAUUGUACGUGUACAGAGGGAGUGCGCAGGAGUCAGUUCGUCCGUUGACUGCAAUUGGAUUACCUGACUAUGUGCGUCGUAUUCGUUUGGUCUAUAAAUGGAAUUACUGGACUGAAAAACCGAUUUAUAUCUGGACAGAUGAGGAAUUCUGGAGAAUUGAUAGGAAAUCUGGUAAAGUAGAAAUUGGAUAUCCACGUAGGAUCAAUGCUGCGUGGCAUUUUAUACCACAAACAGCAAACGCUGCGUUCACAUUCCGUAACGGUAAGAAUUAA